UCCAUACUCUCAAUUAGGGUUUCAAUCCCAAUUUCGUCUCGGGCUAGAUAUCAUAUCAACUAGGGUUUUUGUUCUUCGUUUUCUUUCCCUAAAAACAAAAAAUUGAGACGCUUUUUUUCAUCAACUUUUCUUGAUUUUUCUGUUGUGAUGCUCUCCCUCCCAGCUUUCUUGUAACUGUGUGCUUGAUGAUGGUGUAUUUGUAUGUGUUCCUUUGUAGGGUUUUUUUUUUGUUUGUUGAGUCGUGGAUCUCUUCUUGCUCCCGAUUCUUUUCUUUUCAGUAGUUCGUUUUUCACGCCAAUCUUGCAUUACACAUGUCUCAUUCCAACGACGACGAGACUUCCUCAGAUUAUGAGAACAAUGGUGAAGAGUAUGAUGGGCCUGAAGUUCAAGUAGUUACUGAGGAAGAUCAUCUACUGCCAAAAGGGGAGUAUUUCUCAGCUGCAUUUGCUUUGGGUAGUUUAAAUUCUAGAGCUUCUGUGUUUGACGACGAAGAUUAUGAUGAGGAAGAAGAACAUGUGGAGGAACACGCGCCGGUUGAUAAAUCUUUUGUUCCUCAAGAGAGUGAACCAGUUGUCUUGAAAGAGGAAAAAGCCGUGGAGUAUGAAAAAGAGGCUUGCAUCUUGGGAAACGAGGGUCAGAUGGACACAGGAGAUGUCCAGGAGGAGGUGGUGGAUGACAUAUCAGAAGGUACUUUGGAUGAGAAAAGCGUCACCCCACUGCCUGUAUUGUAUCUGGAAGAUGGUAUGGUCGUCUUACAAUUCUCUGAGAUAUUUUAUAUUCAAGAGCCGCGGCAGAAACGACACAAAAGAAAAUUCAGAUGUAUCACUUAUAGAGACAAGUACCUAUCUGUGGAUAUUUCUGAGCUUGUUGAAGACGAUGAGGAAGUACUUCUGAAGAGCCAUGGCAGGAUUGACACUCAUGUGAAAGAAGCUGAUCUAAUUCAGCUGGAUGUCCCCUUUCCAAUCAGAGAGGGUUCACAGCGUACAGUCAGGGGUACUACACCAGAAUCAAGAGAAUUUACCAAGCUAGGAAGCGAUUCAUGUAUCACGGAUGAACUGUUGAAGCAGGACUCAAAAAACGAUAAUUCAUCUCUUUGCCAGUCCCAGUUAGAAAUGGAAAUUUUCCCUCUUGACCAGCAAGAUUGGGAACAUCGAAUACUCUGGGAAAAUUCUCCUGAAUUUAGUGGUAAUUCUGGUGAGAGCUUAAAAUCUGGAAUUGAGUCAGAAAGUAUGCUGGUUCAGGUAACAAAUUCAGAGACUGAACAAGAAAGCGUAAAUGUGAUGAACUCUGGAGGGAAAGCUCAAGCUGACAAUGAUACGCUCAUGCCUUUUAUUGUAAAUCCAUUGGAGUCUUUUGGCUCAAGAGGUUCCCUGUCUACAUAUGAGAUGACUAAUAAACGUACACAUCAUCCACAACUUCUAAGGUUAGAAUCCCACUGGGUUGAGGAUCAUCUUAGUGAAAAUGACAAUACUGGAGGGGAAAAUCUAAAGUGGCUUAAUGGUGACGUUCUUGGGGGUUUGAAUGGAUUUGCAUUGCAAGAUAUGGGGGAUGAGGCAUGGUUAGAUAGCAUAAUAUGGGAAUCAGAUAAAGAUUUAAGCCGGUAUAAACUAAUAUUUGAUCUUCAAGAUGAGCAAAUGGUCUUUGAAGUUCCGGAUAAUGAGGAAAGAAAAUAUCAUCAACUUCAUUCCCGAUCUAUGAUUGUAUCCCAAUCUUCAAAACCCAAGGAUGGAACCUCUCAAGAAUGCUGUGAAUCAAAUUCUGGGUGGCAAUUCAAUAUUUCUAAUGACCAAUUCUAUACAAAUGGGAAAAGCUCUCAGCUGCAAGGAAAUGCUAAGAAAUAUGGCGAACAUAGUUUGAGAGUUUUCCAUUCAGCACCAGCGAUUAAAUUGCAGACGAUGAAGAUUAAACUGAGCAAUAUAGAGAAAGUAAAUUUUCACCGGCCCAAAGCUCUGUGGUAUCCACAUGACAAUGCACUAGCCAUCAAGCAGCUAAGAAAUUUACCCACCCAAGGAUCCAUGAAAGUUGUAGUGAAGAGUCUGGGGGGUAAAGGAUCACUACUACACGUUGGUAGAGAGGAAUCUGUCUCUUCAUUAAAAUCCAAGGCUUCUAGAAAGCUAGAUUUUAAGGACACGGAAGCAGUGAAGAUGUUUUAUAUGGGAAAGGAACUUGAGGAUGAAAAGUCUCUUUCUGAACAAAAUGUUCAACCAAAUUCCUUGGUCCAUAUUUUACGUACUAAGGUACAUCUGUGGCCAUGGAAGCUACCUGGCGAAAAUAAAUCCUUAAGACCUCCUGGGGCAUUCAAGAAGAAAUCUGACCUAUCUACUCAAGAUGGCCAUGUUUUCUUGAUGGAGUAUUGUGAAGAGAGGCCAUUGAUGCUCAGCAAUGUAGGAAUGGGUGCAAAUUUUUGCACGUAUUAUCAGAAGUCAUCCCCAGAGGAUCAACAUGGGAGCUUGCUACAGAACCAAAGAGACACCUUAGGAAGUGUGAUGAUUCUAGAACCUGGGGACAAAUCCCCUUUCCUUGGGAAAAUACACAGUGGUUGCAGUCAGUCAUCUGUUGAAACAAACAUGUACAAAGCACCUGUUUUUCCUCAUAGGCUGCAAUCAACAGAUUAUUUGUUGGUCCGGUCUGCUAAAGGAAAGCUCUCUAUAAGGCGUAUUGACAAGAUAGUCGCUGUUGGACAACAGGAACCCCGAAUGGAAAUAAUGUCUCCUGCAUCAAAGAAACUACAGACUUAUUUGGUGAACAGAAUGAUGGUCUAUGUGUAUAGAGAGUUUAAGCUUCGCAACCGUAUUGCUGCAUAUGAGCCGUCUUUCUUAUUUUCAAACUUAUCGGAUGCAGUCAUCAGGAAGAACAUGAAAGUUUGUGCAGACUUGGAGAUACUCGUCAAAUUCUCACUUGCGCAUAAGCGGCAUCUAGAGUUGCAUAGGGAUAAAAAUGGCAAGCCUUACUGGUCCAAGUUACGUAAUUUUGACAAGAUUCUACCCGAGUUGAAAAAUCUGGUGGCCCCAGAGGAUGUGUGUUCCUAUGAGAGUAUGCUAGCUGGGCUGUACCGGCUCAAACAAUUAGGGAUCACCCGGUUUACAUUGCCUGCUAGCAUAUCAACUGCACUGGCUCAGCUCCCAGAUGAAGUUACUACUCUUGCUGCUGCAUCACGUGUUGAGAGGGAGUUGCAGACUACUCCGUGGAAUCUGAGCCGUAAUUUUGUUAUUUGUACAACUCAGGGCAGAGCAAAUAUAGAGCGAUUGGAAAUUACUGGAGUUGGCGAUCCCUCUGGACGGGGUCUAGGAUUCAGCUACGUCCGAUCUGCAUCAAAAGCAACAGCUGCAGCCGGACAUAUGAAAAAAAGGCAGCAGCCCGUAGCGGACAGCCCGUAGCGGAGUCCUCUCUGCACAGAUGUUGAUCUUCGCAGAUUAAGCAUGGAAGAAGCUCGAGAGGUUCUUCUCAAGUUCAAUAUUCCUGAUGAGAUAAUUGCCAAGCAAUCUCGACGGCAUCGUAUUGCUAUGAUACGCAAGCUAUCAAGUGAGCAGGUUGCAUCUGGUGGUAAGUUUGACCCCACAACAAUAGGUAAGUAUGCCUGUGGCGAGAGAACAUCUUUCCCACAAGUUCAACAGCAGGCCCGACAAAAGUGUCAGGAGAUUUGGGAUAGGCAACGUCUGUCCCUUUCAGCUUGUGAUGAUGAUGAGAAUGAAAGUGAAAACGACGCGAACAGUGACUUGGACUCCUUUGUUGGAGAUCUGGAAAAUCUACUUGAUGCUGAGGUUGGUGGGGAGGGGGAUGAAUCUAAUAUGUCUAAGAAUGAAAAGGUGGAUGAAGUGAACGACCUCAAGAUGAGAAGGUGGCUAUCUCAAGUUGACACAGACGAUGAAAUUGAAGAUGGAUCAGCUGAGUAUGCAGAGUUAUGCCGAUUGCUGAUGCAAGAUGAGAACCAUAGGAAGAAAAAGAAGAUGAAAGCUGUGGGAGAGGGAAUGAGAAUUUUUCCUCCUCCACGGCCCACUGUUGAACCUGUCAUUGACAAGAAAUCUCUUGCCACCCAACCUGAUGCAUCUUUCUUAGUCGUGAAUGAGAGCGCCGUUAAAGACACCACAAACGUUGAUAAAGCUAUUUUGAAGACCCCUAGAGGUAAACAGGUAAAAGAGAUCAGCAACCCUAUAGGCAAGCUGAAGAAUCUCAAAAUACUGAAGGUAAACCAAAAGGUAUUCAAGGGGGAAAAAACAGCAAGAGCGAGCUUCGUCUGUGGAGCAUGUGGUCAGCAUGGACACAUGAAAACCAAUAGACACUGCCCAAAGUACAGAGAAAAUACAGAAUCGCAUCUGAAAAGUAUAGAUUUGAAGAAGUCUGCUGGAAAACCAAGUUCAUCACAUCUAUCAGGCGAGGUCUGGCUGAAACCUAUUGAGAACAAGAAGACUGCUCCAAAAAGUACAACAAAACUUUCUGUAAAUGAAGCUGCGAAAAUAGGUGAUUCAACUUCCAAAACCUGGGGUCUCCCCGCUGGAGGGUUGAUAGAUAAACGCUGUUCAGAAACUCAAGGAAAUUCUGAGCUAGCAGCUGUGUCUCAUAUAGACACUGGGACUAAGUUGACUUCUAGAGUCAGCAAACUCAAUAUAUCUAGCAAGGAAAAACCUAAAGAUUUAAAGGUUGCAUCUGACAGUCCUUCCCAAUCAUUGAGGCCUGCAUUUAGCAGAAAGAGAAGGGAGAGCGAGUCUCACAAUUCUUCUGUUUCUGAAAAACUCUUACCUAGUACAGAGCCAAAUCAGGCUACAUUAAGUAGGCACACUAUUUCAGUUCCACAGCUAUCGUUAAGUAUGGAUAAAGAUCAAGCUGAAUCUUGUAGACAUCAUCGCGCUAUAUGGCCGCCAACAGAAAGAGAACAUCAGCAGAAGAAACUUGUUAUUCAACGUUCAAAAGAGAUUACUGAUCAUGACAUCGGUAGUCUUAGAGACCCUCCACAGUUUGAGUCCAGGACAUUAAAAAGAAUGGCAGAUUUUCAGAGGCAGCAGAGACUCAGAUUGUCAGAGAACUUUCUAGACUGGGGACCCAAAGAGGAAAGAAUGUGCCGGAAAGAACAAGAUAUAAGUAUGGAUAGGCACAGGGAAGGAAAAGUGAGAAGAGAUUACAAUGAUAUCACUGUAUCAGAAGAACGCAGUGAGAUAGCUGAGAUCAGAAGAUACGAAGAGGUAUUAUGGAGUGAGACGGAAGAAGGGGAACGACAAAAAGCCAAGAAGAAAAAUAUGCUGCAACGUGAAAUAAUAGAAGAUUAUCCUCCUAGAAGAUUGUCAGAAAGAGGUCAGAACAUCAGUAGCCUGUGUGUCUCUGACAUUGAAAGGAACGGGGCAGAGUAUGUACCUCAAUCAAAACGACGAAAAAAAGGAGAGGUUGGCCUAGCAAACAUCUUGGAAAGCAUAGUAGACACACUGAGAGCCAAAGAAGUAAUUAGUAAACGUGUCAUACUAUUCUUGAAGCCGGUUUCAAAAAAGGAGGCUCCCAACUAUCUUGACAUUGUGGAACGCCCAAUGGAUCUCUCGACAAUCCGGGAUAAGGUACGGAGGAUGGAGUACAGUGACCGAGAGCAAUUUAGACGCGAUGUCUGGCAGAUCAAGUACAAUGCUCAUCUUUACAACGACGGGCGUAACCUGGAAAUACCGCCGUUGGCAGAUGAGUUGCUGUUGAAAUGUGAUCGCUUGUUGGAUGAAAAUAGACUUGAGUUAACAGAAGCAGAGGAAGGUAUUGAUUUGCAAUGCAAAGGCCCUGCUUAAACACAUUCGACACUUUGUAAUACGAGUAAUUCACUAAUUCUUGUUAAUGGAAAAAAUCGCGAGUCAUAUAUUAUAAAAGAAAGCACAGUGUAGUGUAAAUGAGAAUAACUUUACGCAAGAUGCAACGAGAAUAAUGAAGUAUUUCUGA